UGGAUUCCAACCAUGUCGAUCUCCUGUGCUAUAGGAUAUUCUUGAGUUACAGCGGAACAUCCAGAUUUUUUGAACUCCACAAGUUCAUUGAAGAUAUGAAGGUCGCGUAAGAGAGGGAGUUAGGUCCAAUCAGUGAAGCAGCGGUCAAGUUUCCCCGUGCACACACUGGAAGACUUAAUGCAGCCAGUUAUGUGCAAGCUUGCUAUUCAAAAAGCUGAAGAACUUCAGAUUUCAAAUUCCAGCUCACUUUUAAAUCUCAGUGCAGAGGGUUUGGUCUCUAAUUCCGUACAUCGAUACAAGAACAGAGCAGAUGUCAAAUCAGAUUCUAGAGAGAAGCUUGUCCAGAAAAGAGGAAAAGAGCCUCAAAGCAGGGAAAAAUGCAUGGGAGUCGGAGGUAUUGAGGCCGAGACUCUACAGGUUAGACUGACACUUCCUGAGUUUCAAGUGCCCGAUACAAAGACAAGCACAGCAGCAGUGGAGAAGAGCAAAGGAUUGGAUGAGGACUUUGAAAACAUUGUGAGGAUCAUCUGGGGGCUUGAGCAGGGGGGUCAUGUCAGUAUGGAGUUCAGGUUGAAGUUCCUGACAUGGUUUAGCUGGAAGGCGAGGGAGCAUGAGCGUCGAGUUGUCAGAGCGUUCAUGAAGACUAUGUCGCAGACCUUGAAAUUGAUUGCUUUUAGGGUCUGCUGUUUGAGAAUCCUUGCCUGUUAUGUACAUUUAUGCUGUUUGAGUUAGUUGGCUGUUUUUAUUGUUUUCAUGUAGCAUUUCGCUGUUCUUUGACAGCAUGCGUUUCUCGGGUGCGCAUGUCGUGCGAGUGAGCAGUGAUUUUCGGUUUGAAGGUGCAAUAAACUUUAAUUGAGCUUUCGCCUCAGAAUCAUUCGGGACUUAUGUAUUUAAACCCUGCAUAUUAGCGACACAAAAUUUGGUGAA